GGGCUGCGGGCGGAGGCUGGAGAGGGGGUCCCCCUCCCGCAGACCCCGGGCUGCGGCAUCGGCGAUGGCUCGGGAAGGCCCUGGGGUGAAGGUGCUGAGCUUUGCCCGGAGCUUGGGGCGCGAGUUCUCUGAUGGAUGGGAGUUUCUCCGCCCGGAGAAAAUGAACAGAGCACGGAGACAUGUCCCCGGCACCACAUGCAAACUGUAGCUUCAACUUUUGCCGCUUGAUAAGAUGCUUGGCAGUGAAAACUUUGCAGAUGGGUAUAUGCAGCUCAUUGCGCUCUGUGCUGGGUUGGCUUUGGAGUGGGCUUUGGGGCAGCUCCCCCAUCACUGGCCAUGGCAAGGAGCAGCCAAAGCUGUGUUAGAAAGCACAAAUGCUUCUUCCCCUUUUCCCCCCUUACCACCUUGGGAUACUCAUGAUGUCCAAAUGGCAAAUACCUGGCACGGCAGAUACCUACAACCCAGUGGAGAACGACAUUUGUGAGGUUGUGUCUUGUGUGGCUGGAUCUGCACGUGGAAGAGCUGCAAGGGAGCACUUAAAGGAAUUGGUGACUGUGUUUGGGCCAAGGUUGUCCAUUGUCACUGUCUGUUGCAUACGACUGUAAAUUCCAGGACUUGCAUCAACAGCCCAGCAUCAUGAGCCAUCCACAGUUCUCUGGAGAUGCCAGUGCCUGGAGUUCCAUGGUGACUAGAUUUUCAUGGAAAAUCGGCAGGGCUGUGUCAGAGGGAUGUUCUUAGGUUUCCAUCUCUCCCCCGUAUCGUCUUGUAGCGAUUGGAUGUUAGGGUGGGCUCAGGUUUCAGCCUGCAUCAGCAUCCGAAAUGCUGAACACUCCCAAAGCUCAGAGUCAGCUCUUUAAAUAAAUAAUCUGUGUGACAAAAUGGGGCACUAGGUCCCACUUGUGGGGUGGUUUGCCUUGGAGCUGAGAAGUGAGAUUGACACCUGCUUUGGGGAGAGGCUGUUGGAGUGAUGGGGUAGUAGAUGACACAUGUCUGGUACUUGCCAGAGUAGGGUUGGGGAACCAACGGACAGUGCAAAGACACCAAAAUCUUUGUGGCUGUGUAUCUUACAUGGCAAAAGUGGCAAAUGAAAUAAGCUGAAGCACACCAGUAUUUGGUGUUCUGCUGUUGCCACUUGUGCUUGUUGAGCACAAGAUCUGAUGACCGUAGCAGGUGCUGAGGAAAGGAUUGCUGGGCUCAGGUUUACCCUAUGGACCACGAUUUCAGAGACAAGAUCCCUCCUUCCAGCUCCCCUGAAGGCUGUAGGACUUUUCCAAGGUGGACGGAGACAUGUCCUUAAAGGGAGAGCCCUGGAGAUCUCUCUCUUGUGCCCAAUGUACUUUGAUACCAAGUGGACCAGGAGGACUCAUUUUGUUCUAAAGUCUCCACGAAUCUUUGUGGCUCAGAUAAAUUCAGGCUCUCUGAUAUGCCUCCAGGCAGGGAAAAGCAAAAGCCUUUGGUCAUGAUUUAGUCGUGAGAUGAAAGUUAUGUGCAGGGUUAAAGUGAAAAUCCAGCUUAUUAAACUUCAUCUUGAUAAUUAGCAUGGGGUGUAGAACAAGAAAGAUGAUAUUGUAAAGGGGGAAUUUUCAGGAGUGUUAAAUAUUAAGUUGUCUGCUGCCAGAAGGUCUGGUUCCCAGUGGCUGCUUUGUAUUCACGGUCAAACACUGGAUGAGGUGUCUAAAUGGGUUUGGAGCAUCACUUUAAAGGACACUGAAAACCUUAAAGGACAAAACUGGGCUACAAAAUCAUUAUUCCUAUAAUAAAGGUGAAAGCAUUUUAGACUGGGCAGAGCUAAUGCCACAGCUUCAAAUCUCCUGCCUCCUCUUGCAGGAGCGAGGUGCUAGCAGCCCGUCUGCGCUUUGCAGAUGAGCGCUGUAUUCACAUGGAUUUGGGGUUUAUCCUCUGAGUGCCCAGUGCUGUUUAGUCCUAUCUUACAAACCAGCCAGCAGCAGUGGGGCGACUUGUUUCUUUUCACACAAGGCAGCCUCAUUACUCUUCCGGAUCGCGACUCUGCCUAACCUCACAAGAUUUGGGGAAGAAAACAAAAACCACCCCAAACCUUGUAUUGGAUUUUGGGGUUGUCUUUGUUUGUUUGUUUUGUUUUGUUUGCUGAUUGUGGCGCUCCCGUGAGCGCAGGGAGGGGAUGCGCCUUCGCCGGCCCUCCCCGCUCGCCCGGCAGGGAAGUGAGACGCCAGCCCGGAUCCCGGGUCUCCGGGAGCCGAGGCUGGUGGAAGCUGCGCCCGUGUGCGGCCGCCCCUCCCGGCCGGGCUGCGCUCGCCUUGGCACACCCCGGCCGGAGGGUUGGCCGCUCGCACAUCCGUCACGGUGCCUGAGAAAACACGGCGGUGACGUGCUGGUCCCCUCCUCCUGCCCGCGGACACCCGCUGCUCACGGAGCGGCCGCCUCGGAGCCCCCCGGAACGCCCUGCGCGAUGGAGAGGAUGGAGCUGCCGGGGACGUGGAGAUGUAGCAGUGCUCCUUUUUUAUGUACUUAAAAAGACAUCUGCGGUGGAGCCAGGCGGCAGGCAGGGAUCCCCAGGAAGCCAUGGCCAGAGAUGGGUGUUCUGGGAUGCGGUGGAGGUGGGAGCUCUCCUAACAAUCUGCUGUCUUCUCCUGAGAACCCCAGGCCUGCCUCUUUCCCUAGCCUCUGCAGAAAGCUCUAGGGAAAGCACAGCACCAUGUACACCUUCCUGCCAGAGAGCUUCACACCAGUGAAGCAGAAGCCCUCCAAGGAGCUGAGGCCCAUGUUGGGCGCCAUCUUGCUGGGCCUCAUCCUGUUCAUUGCUGCGGUGGUGGCCUGGUGCUACUACACGGUGUCCCUAAGGAAGGCGGAGCGGCUCAAGACGGAGCUGAUGGACCUGCGGGCAGACGGCUUCGUCAUCCGCAACCAGCACGGGGAGGUGGUGUUUCGGCUGGCCUUCCGCUCGGGCAGCCUGGACCUGGAGUCGUGUUCCAAGGAAGGAGAGAUCCUGAGCUGCUCGCGCUCGAGCCGGGGGCCGCUCAACUUCUUCAUCCAGACGGUGAAGCCCAAGGACACGGUGAUGUGCUACCGCGUGCGCUGGGAGGAGCUGGCGGCUGGCCCGGCUGUGGAGCACACCAUGUUCUGGGAGGACGCCCACUGGUACGGGGGCUCGGAGAUGAGCACCCAGCACUGGCCCAUCCGCCUGGCCGGCUACCAGGAGCCCGUGCCCUACGUGACCAGCGAUGUCUACUCCUUCCGCGACAGCUUUGGCGGCAUCCUUGAGCGCUACUGGCUCUCCUCCAAGGCAGCGGCCAUCAAGAUCAAUGACUCUGUGCCCUUUCACCUGGGCUUCAACGCCACUGAGCGCGCCCUCUUCUUCCAGGCCCGCUACAAGGACUCACCCUACAAGCCCCCACCGGGCCAGCAACCCUUCCCCGAGCUCAGCUACCGUGUCUGCGUGGGCUCUGACGUCACCUCCAUCCACAAGUACAUGGUGCGCAGGUACUUCAACAAGCCCUCCAAGAUCCCUGCUGAGAACGCCUUCCGAUACCCUAUAUGGUCCACAUGGGCCCUCUACAAGAAUGAUAUCGACCAGGAUAAACUCUUGCGGUUUGCUGAAAAGAUCAAGAAAUACCAUUUUAACUGCAGCCAUAUUGAGAUUGAUGACAUGUACACCCAAGCCUAUGGGGACUUUGACUUUGACCCUGUCAAGUUCCCCAAUGUAACAGAGAUGUUUGCAAAGCUGAGGGAAGAUGGGUUUAAGGUCACUCUGUGGACUCAUCCUUUCAUAAACUACAAUUCCUCCAAUUUUGGUGUAGGGAUUGAGCGUCAGCUGUUCAUCAAGGAACCUUCGGGACGGCUGCCAGCCAUGGUGGAGUGGUGGAACGGCAUCGGGGCCAUCCUGGAUUUCACCAACCCAGCAGCCCGCGACUGGUUCCAGAGCCAUCUGCGCCAGCUCCGGCACAAGUACGGCAUCUCAUCCUUCAAGUUUGAUGCAGGCGAGACCAGCUACCUGCCCAAGCAGUUCAGCACCUUCCGCCCGCUGUCGGACCCCAGCAUCUGGUCCCGGCGCUACACGGAGAUGGCCAUUCCCUUCUACGAGCUGGCCGAGGUGCGAGUGGGCUACCAGUCACAGAACAUCUCCUGCUUCUUCCGCAUCAUUGACCGCGACUCGGUCUGGGGCUACGAGCUCGGCCUCAAGUCCCUCAUCCCCACUGUCCUCACCAUCAGCAUGCUGGGGUACCCCUUCAUAUCUGCUGACAUGAUAGGGGGCAAUUUUUUCCCCAAUAAAACCAGUGGGGCGGUGGAGAUCCCCGACCGGGAGCUGUACGUGCGCUGGCUGGAGCUGUCGGCCUUCAUGCCUUCCAUGCAGUUCUCCAUCCCGCCCUGGCUGUACGACAAGGAGGUGGUAGAGAUCGCACAGAAGUUCACGGAGCUCCACGAGUCGCUGGUGGCCCCGCUGCUGCUGGAGCUGGCAGGAGAGGUCACCGAUACGGGCGACCCCAUCAUCCGUCCCAUCUGGUGGAUCUCGCCCCGCGACGAGGCCACUCACCGGAUCGACUCCCAGUUCCUCAUUGGGGACACCCUCAUGGUGGCUCCUGUGCUGGAGAUGGGCAAGCAGGAGCGAGAUGUCUACCUGCCAGCGGGCAAGUGGCGCAGCUACAAGGGGGAGCUGUUUGAGAAGACCCCAGUGCUGCUCACCGACUAUCCUGUCGACCUGGACGAAGUUGCCUAUUUCCUCUGGGUUUCCUAACAGGCUUCUUCAUCAGCUUUGGAAUAAUUAUGCCUUACCUAGGACUGUCUAACAAAUAAUAACUCUAAUUGCACAUUUCAUUUGAGACAGGGGUGGAGGAAGGGAACUAAAUAGACUUCGCUAUUCUUGGGGAUAAUUUUUUUUUUAUUUGGGGAUUGAUCUUGAUUUUUUUUAAUUUGGGUCUGGCAGUAGGCUCUGAUUCGAUUACAGUAGGCAGCAAUUUAUCUGUAUAGGUCAGAAAUGAGUUGUCAGUCUGUUUGCAGACAGUGGUAAACCCAGUACAUUUCAGUUCUCAAGGAUUUAAGAGAUGGAAAUUGAUGGAAGAGAUGCCAGUGGGGUGCAUUCCUAGUCUUGUGGGAGCACCUGGCACUGGGCAUGGGGGUAUGUGCUGUGGGAGAAUUGUUACAGCACAGCCUGCCAUAAGUUUUAUAAUAUGGCAAAUAUAUUCAAAUGGAUAUUUUUGAGAGCAUAAAGCAAAAUAGAGUUACAUAUAUAUAUACACACACACUUAUUUUUUCACCCUUUUGCCUGGCAUGGCGCUGGACUAACAGUUGCCCCAUGCUCCUACUUUCCUGGGUUCCAGGCAGGCCACGUCACUAAAGUGACGUCCAUUGGUUUUAUCUGAAUGGGUUGCUUAUUUCCUGCUGAGACAGCUGCAUCCCACCUGCUCACCCAUUUGACUUCCUCUACAAGGCUCUUGCCUGUAUAUUUUGCCUGGGGCAUCAACAUUGCCUUUCCUAGUGCAGCACCGCCUGUACCAGCAUGUCCCAUCUUUUAAAUAUUUAUGACCCCACUUGGUUACACGAUUAUCCUGCUGAUACCAUGCUUUUUGGUUUUUAAGGACAGAUGAGGUUGGUUGCUGGCAGAAGGGCUGCCUGGAGCAAAUCUGUCCUUAUACACUCCGUGUGGCGCUUCCCUGGGAACAGCCGGUUCCCGCGAGCGGCACGUGUCACGGAUUGACAGUGCCACUUGCUGAUAGCUGUCUUGCCUGUGGGUGGAAAACACCAGCUCUACGGACAGAUGGGUCUGUGCCAGCGAGUGUUCUCACUGCACCCACGGAAAUGUUCUCAUCAGACGUGAAGUUAAGCUAAUACCCAUCUCAGCUCAGGUCACCAUUAGAAGUGAUGAUUUUCUUGAGGGUUUUCCUGAGUCAGCCCUCCUCUCUCCUUGGGAGAGUCCCACGGAGUUUUCUUAGGCAGGAUUGGUAUUGUUGGAAGUGGCAUUGCUGUCAGAGGCCUCUGGAGGGUACAUGGGGCUAUCCUGCACCCCAAGUCCCCAGCAGCUGCCUCUUUGACAAAUUUCCCAUUUGGUUUUGUGUGGGAAAAUGCAUUUACAGAGACCUGAGGCAGGGCAAACAGGAUUGAAGUCUGGCCGCCCUCUUCCCUAAGGCAAGAAUUCCCAGCUCUGCCCCAGUUCGGAACAUGUGUUCCCUGAAUUUUUAAUGAGCUUCUGCAGAAUUGAAUCAUGAUGAUUGGGAAGGGUUGGGCACCCUGCCCAGACUACAGUCAGCCAAAGACAGCUCAGCAUCUGUGGGCCUUUUCUUGGGGUUGUGUCCAGGGUGGGCAUGGCUCUGGCACAAGUCAGCCACCCAGGGAUAUGGUGCAUGUUUUGGGUAGGGUUUGGUACCAGUGAGGCUGUUUCUCAAAGCCCAUCUCCUGCCACAGAGCUUUUGAGGAGGCAGAAAAGGAGAUACACUAAGCUUGAGAGUUCUGAUGGGGUGCAGGAGGAGAAAUUUUGGUGUUAGGGGCAAAAGCUUUUGUAGUUAAGAAGUAAGUCUGGUUUGAUGAACUCCCUUAAGACCUGAAUCUACCCUGUAUAAUUUAAUCUCAAAAUGAGAUGUAGGGGAGCUUACAGGUCCCUGCCCAGCUGGAGUACAAGUGUUUCCAGAAGCCUGUUUGUUUCUCAGGCUUUUAAUUCUAAAGGACUCAAGUUUCUUCUCAGCCCCCAGAGCAAAUAGUGGUGGUGUUGCAAGUUACAGACACCCUCUGGCAAGAAGUUACUCCUGGAACUUCAGUGUCCCUCAUCAAGGCACUGGCAGGAUUUGGCCCUUGCUUGCAGGGUGUUAUUGAAGGUGAGGAGUUAAGUCUGGCCAAAGCCCUUAAGAAGGGCCAAGUGUGGAGGGAGUUUCUGCAGCCCCAGAAGUGCAUGAAGACCAUGAUUUGAGAGUCUCCAGCUUUUCCCUUUCAACCUUUGUUUAUGAAAUAUUUGUCAUCCCUUGGCACAGGAGUCAUUAGGUGGAGGAGGUGUUGUUGCACAGCUCAGCUGCCGUUGCAGAACUGGGAUCCUUGGCACAGGACUUCAUGGGAAGGAUCCUGGCAUGACUAUGGUGAUGCGUUGGGAAGGCUGACCUGGAACAGUGACUAGACAGAGCUAGAGAGUAAAGUAGAUAUUUAUUAAAAGUCCUUUAAGGAUACACCUUGGGCAGUACAGGAGCCUGGCCAGGGCUAUCCCCAAGAUGGACCCAAAAUGGUCACAAAAUGGACAACUGGUCAUGAGGUCUCACACUUUUAUAAGGUUUGGUCUAUUUGCAUAUUGGGGUUAAUUGUCCAAUUACAUCUUCAGAUUAUGAAGUCCAGUCCUUCUUGUUUUCUCUCUUCAGUCCACCGUUGUUUAUGUUUUGGGGCCUGACAGUUUGUAACUGUUGUCCUUGGUCUCCAUCUGGGAAAAGAUUUAUCUACCUACUCUGUGAAGAGAGCUUACUAACAGUUAAUAUGAGGCUCAGAACUACACACCCAGACAACACAGAAUAUGAAAAAAGCUAAAACUUAAGGCAUCAAUGAGACACGGUCUUCUCUUCCCCUGGUUCUGUGCCACUCACCAUACACACCACUCAUGAAGAAGAGGCUGUGUGAAGAGAAACACAGCAUCCCUGUUAAUAUGCUUCUACUAUUAAAAUGAUGGGAGCAGCCAGAUGAGUGCCUUCUAUCUCCUUGCAGUGGUUUCUGGCACUGUCAGGAAUGUCAUGGAGGAAAUUCUCCAUUAGAUGUGCUGUCUUCUUUCCCCUCCCCGCAAAAAUAAAGGAUUUUAUUAACAAAGAUAUAAUUUUAUUUUAUUUAACUAUAUCAAUGAAUUGGUAAGAUUAUAGAAUAUCCUUAUUUUUCUAAAUGCUGUAAUUAGGGCACAAGUGGACAUGGCUGUUCAGUGGUCCAGCAAGGAGAAAGGUAGCUGCUGAGAGGACCAUGGGCUGAUGUUGGGGAUAGGGUCAGCUGUGCUGCCUUAAGUUCUCUCACAGGCGUCCAGAUGCCCUUUACAUCCAACUUUUUACCAAAACCACUAUUUCUAACACUAUGCUAUAGCACUGCAGGACUUGAGGAUCUCUCAGACCUUGCAGACCAGAAACUGCACAGAUACCUUGGGAAAUGCUGCUAGGGAUAUUUGUCUGAUUUACACCCUGGGACACUGGCCAAAGCUGGAUUUAGCUUGUCUCAGCCAAGAAAAAGCCCCAAACAAGGUUUGGGAGUUGGAUUCAGCCUUUUCACACAUGAUGCAUCUGUGACUGAAUUUUGAAGCUUGCACUGUUGUGUAUCAGAAUUUCUGGAUGCUUGUGUUUGUACAUGCUGUCCUCUGUCAGACUGUAAUGCUGGUGGGUCUGUUUUUAACCACUUUUCUAAUUCCUAAUUCCCAACUGGUGUGAACUGUAACAUGAAUCACCUUGAUUGAGAUAAAAUUUUGGAAAACAAAAAGAAGUUUAACUAUGUCCAUCUGUACCAAGUUGGUGGGCUUGUGGUUUAGGGAGAUUUGGGGCUUUUCUUAAUCUAGUCUUCACUGAAAUCAGGAUUGAGAUAUGUGGUGGUGCAGAACGGACACAACCGGACGCAGAGAUAGUUUUAUUUAAAGCUUGCAGCCUGCAGCUUUGGUGUAUGUUUUAAAAGGAGAAGCUGGCAGUAACCUCACACUUGUGUUUGCAGUGAUGGCAGACAAUCCUACUGGACUGAAGAUUGUCCUCCCCUAGGUCCUGACAGCAAAGAGACUAGCUGUGCCUUCGGGCUGGCCUGGAAAAGGCCUUGUCCAGGUGAACCCCAGUGCUGUGUCAGCCCCCAGGGGUGGGGACCAUACAUGCCUCUAGGGUCGGGGCCCAAUUUCUACUGACAUUCACUCCAAAAAUGGUUUAUCAACACUGAGUCUGGGGGUUUGCUAGUCCAUGCUGCUCUCAGAGGACAUACACUUCAAGACUGUCUGUAGGGAAUGAACAAGAGGAGCCUGUUCUCAGCUUCCCUUGGGUUCUCCAGAAGGUCCUUCUGCUGUCCCCAUCAUCCCCAGGGUUUCCCUUUCCAAAUGGCACUGACAGCAAGGACGAUGAUGGACUAGAUGUUUGUGACUAUGGGAGGGCCUCAUUUAGGAGUCGGUCUUGCCUCACAUCACCCCUUUUGCCCCAAAUAAUGUUUUCCUUCCCUUUCCAUUGUUACCGCAUGAACCAUAUCUACCUUAUGCCAUUGGGCAUCACUAGCAGUGGCCAACCCAUACAGCGUGGCUUGAGGGUUGAGAGAGACUUCAUUUCACUCCUUUUGCAAUAAAAGACAUUUUCCCAA